AUGGCCUCCUCUACGUCUGCACCACCGGGCAUCUCGGCCCGCCGCGCUGCUUUUGGUGGGCAGCUGUCGACUCCUGACGGGGCGACCACCAGCGUACCCGCCUCGAGAUCGACACCCACGACCCAGAGUUCGCACACAAAUACGUCUGCAUCCACUCGCAAUGAGCAAGCCAAGUCAUCGGCCUCGACCAACACCCCUUCACGAGCUGGCAAAGGCAAAGGCCCGGCAUCGUCCUCGCGAUCGAAGCAGCCCCAGUCCACCUCGUCCUCGUCCCAGCGCGGUCAGAGCGGAAACGGGAAUAAGCAGAAUAACCACGUCACGUCAAGCCUCGAAGGCGUCCUGUCCCCUUCUCAAGCCGCACUCGAUGCCGCCGCUAUGGCCCAGGCGACCCAAGAAGAGGAAGAGACCAUCUGCCUUAUCUGUGCGGACACGGCGACGUUCUGGGCCGUGGGGGUGUGCAACCAUCGCACAUGCCAUACGUGCUCCAUCAGGCUGCGUGCCCUGUACAAGAAAAAGGAGUGCACCUUGUGCAAGGUCGGUCCGCAUCUGCCUGCUGCGAUCUGCCCACUCCACCCUGCCUUUCAAUCUUAAGCUGACAUACCGGGUGGCGUGCUCUUUCCUACAGACCGAGUGUGAUCGUGUCGUCUUCACUUCAUCCCCCGAUCGUCCUUACCUAGACUUUCCAGACUCCGUUGUGCCCUUUUCCGAUGCCAAGGUCAGUCGAGCGCAGACUUGUCUCGCUUGUGCCCGUUCGGCGGCUGACAAAGCACGUUCCACCUUUCACCGCCAGCUCGGCAUCUCGUUCGAGACACGCGAGCAAAUGGACGACUCUCUCGCUCUGUUGCGGUUCAACUGCCCUAUAUCGACGUGCGAUUCCAUCUGCCUCGGUUGGGGAGACCUCAAGCGCCACGUGCGCUCGUCCCAUCAAUCCAACCUAUGCGACCUGUGCUGCAGCAACAAGAAGAUUUUCGCCCACGAACACUCGAUGUUCGCCAACAGGGAGCUAAAUCAACAUAUUCAGAACGAUCACAACAGCUGCGAGUUUUGCCGGAGGGCUUUUUACGAUGCCGAUCAGCUGUACGCCCAUUGCCGUGAUGCGCACGAAGAGUGCUUCAUUUGUGUCAGGCAAGGGAUACGGCACCAGUACCACCUCAACUACUCCCAGCUGGUCAGUGGUGUCUUCUCCUCCUACUGCUUCCUUUCCGUUCCAGACGCUGACAGUCUUCCGAUCUUGCUCUGCUGAUGACGAUCCACAGGAGGCACACUACAAAGCGGCUCACUACCUGUGCCCCCAUCCCACAUGCCUGGAGAAAAAGUUUAUCGUCUUCGAGACCGAACUCGACCUUCAAGCCCACGCCGUUCAGGAGCACGGUGCCGCCCUCGCUGGCGAUCAACGCUCUCGACGUGAUGCUCGAAGAAUCGAGACCAACUUCACCUACGAGGCAGCGGACGCUGGGCCUCCAAUGGGUGGCAGGGGUGGACGUGGUGACACCCGUGGUGGUCGAAGAGGCGGUAGAGGAGGCGGAUCGGGUAGAGAUGGGGGUCGACGGACCGAUGCGGCUCCUGCCGCUGCCGCGUUCGUCUCAACGACCGAUGCGCCGAACCGGAGUAGGGUCAUCCCCGGCCUGGGUCCAGCCGCAUCGCUGACGAACGGAUCGACCUCGCGAACCAAUCGGUUUGGUGCAGCUCUGACCAGCGACAGUAACCCCGCUUCGGCUCCUUCGUCGGGACGAGCGACUCCGGACCCUACGACGGUGGAACGGCACGCACAAGUAAUGCGCCUCGUCGCUGAUGCGGUCGCAGGCUCGGAAGCCAAAGCAACGUCUUUCAAAUUGGCGAUUCGCGCCUUCCGUGCGAACGAGGUCUCGGCCGACGAUCUCGUCGAUCAGCUGUGGAACGUGUUUGAUCAAGAUGCCGACAAGGCCGAGCCGAUCGUCAAGGGAGUCGCUGGACUCAUGGAGGAUGCCGACAAGAAGGCGGCGCUGCAUGCAGCCUGGCGAGAUCGACGGAUUGAGGUGAGCACUCUUCUUUAAUUACAGUGUUCUGGCACGACAACUAACAUUCUCCGAUCGGUCCCUCGACAGCAAAACCAGUUUCCCUCUCUGACGGCGCUAGCCCCGACGCUCCAUGGUGUCCCCACCACGACGAACAACUCUUCGCCUCGUGCGCUCAACUCUCGUUCGACCCGCGACCAGCGUGAUCCCAACAUUUGGGCCCGAGUCGAGCAAGCGGCGAACCGUCCCGGUGCGAUCGUUUCGGCUAACCCGUUCCCCGCUCUUUCGAGUGCACGGAACGUCGUCCCUGGUAUGGCACCUCGUCAACCCGCCCGAGGGGUAGGUCAUCAUACUCCCUGGUCAGCAUCCGCUUCAAGUAGCGGUGCCGGUUCUUCGACACCAACGCCGCCAGCGACGAGAUACCCUUCACCUUCCCCGACGUUGGGUGCGAUGCCACCACUCCGAUCCUCGGCUCAUCCACCCUCGUCCACGCCGGUGACUCGACAAGCACCACCCCCUUCGAUCGCUCGUCGCACCGAAUUUCCUUCCUUGCCCGUCUCGACGACCGAGAUCGAUCGUCGGGCCCGGAUGCGCGCCGCGAUGGGGAAACCGAGUCAAACUAUUCUCGAUGGAUCACCCUCGAACGAAAGGAGUGCGAGCCCAUGGGGUCCAGGCAAUUCGAGGGACGAACAGGAAGUGGACGUCGAGACGAAUGAGGGUGUCACUCAGGGAGUGGAUAAGAAGAAGAAGAAAAAGACCAAGGUGUUGUUGAUGAGUCGUGGGAUGCAUCAUGCAUAG